AUGUCAGAUUAAAUUCCAGAUUAUAGAGAUUAUGAUGAUGAAUAUGAAAGAUAUUUAAAAAAACUUGUACCUGGUCCCUUCAUUCAUGAUAUCACAAUGACAGAAGCUAAGGAAUAUUUAUAUGUAAAUUCUAGAAAUAAAUAUUUAGAAUGAUGUAAUUACUCCCAAACUUAUUUAAUACACACUUUAAUACAUCAAAACACAAAUCAGAAGAAAUGUUACUGUUGAUGCCAAUUUCAUAACUGAUAUUAAUUAAAUUUAAGCAAUUCGAUUAACAUCAUCUAAUUAUUCAAUUGCUGUAACUGUUAUUAAAGAUAUACUUUCAGCAUUACUUUGGGAUACUAUAAAUUAAGAAAUUCUUAUGAUUGAUAGGAAUCCAUAAAUUGAAAAUACCUUUAUUAAUCAAAAAAUUAUUAGAAUAGAUUCAAUGACAAAAGACUUUAUCUCAAUAAUAGCUGGUAUCUAUAUUAGAGCUAUAAAUCAUUAAAAUUUUAAAUUAAAUUUUAAUGAUUGUUAAAGAUAAUCUUUGAUGAAAUGGGUGUUACUCAAAUAAUAUAGAUAAUAAUAAAUGAAAGAAAAUGGAGAGUCUUUCUCAAGAAUACUUGAUGAUCAAUUCUUAAAAGAAGUCAAUAAAUCAAAAUAAUAAGAAUCAAAGUAAGUCUCUUAGAUAGAAUAUAGUCAAAAAUAAGAUAAUAUUUCAUAUUAAUAGUCUCAUUCAUAAAAUCAAAAUUCUUAUAAUCAUUCAUCUAAACGAUAUUAAUAUUCUUAAAGAUAAGGAUAAAAUUAAAUAUCUCAAUCUCACAUUUCUUUACCAUCUACUAGUAGAAUAGAUACUAUGAAAGAUUAAAUAUCAAUGAAAGACUUUGUUCAAGGAAUGGAGAAUAUUAAAAAUUAAAUAUUAUUGGAUGUUCCUCAACCUGAUGAAUUAAAACCUAAAGAUUAUACUCUCAAACCUAUUAUCCCUUUCUUUUCACCAGAAAAAGUGUUUAGAGUUAAAAUUGAAGAUUUGGAAGAAUUACUUAAGGAAUAAGUAAAAAAUUAAAAAAUUUAAGAACCAAAUCCUGCUGAUUAAUUAUAGUAAUUAUUAACCUAUUAUUCAUAAAACAAUCCAGAAUAAUAUAAAAUAUUGUUAAAUCAAUAUUCAGAUUUCAUUCAUGAAAAAGUAUAUUUAAAUAUUUAAAUUAGAUGUUUGAAGGCAUGGGAUUACCUUCAUCAACUAAAUCCUAAAUUCAAAUUCAACCUUAAUUUCAAUAAUAAUAAUUAAGAUAAUCCAUACAAAUUCCAAAAUCUAAAUCAAUGCUCUUUUCUAAAUAACCCCCUAUGCAACCUUAACUUUAUUAAGAGGAAAUUGUUGCUAUCAAAUUUAAUAAGAAAAUAAAUAGAUAAGAAUUUGAAUUACUUAAAUAAAAGUUGGUACUCUCUCAAAAUAUUAUGGAAUUCUAUUUCAGUCGUUUAUAAGAAGAAUUUAAAAGAGUACUUAUAUUUCCAAUUGAAUUUUAUAAUGUACUCAGUUAAAAUCCUUAAAAGUAAUAAUUGUAUAUUAUUCUUAGAGCCUAAAGCUUUACAGAUCAAUAUUAAGGUAAAAAUAGAACUAUAUUUGAUCAAUUUGACAAAGUGUUUAUACCUGUGAAGAUAAGUUAAUAUGAAUAUGUUGGAGUAUAUAUUGACUUUUAGAAUAAAACAAUGUAUUAUAUCAAUACACUUGAAAGAAGAGACAGUAUAUAAUGAAUAACAUUUUUAUAGGAAAGUAGCCACCUUAUAAAGAAUUAGUAGAUUAACCGGUUAUGCAUUUUAUAAUGAAAUUCAUAGAGAAUGAGUACAAUCUAAAAGUGAUGAGAGCAUUCAACAUAUUUAAUUGGAGUAAUAUUAUAGUAUUGAUAAAAUUCAUAAGAAUUUGUAGAAUUCAUGAACGAUUAUGCUUAAAACUUCAAUUAUAGUGGUUUAGUAUUGACAUAUGUGAUUGAUU